AUGGUCAAUGGAAAAGUCAGCUUUGACGAGAGUGGUCGUUCAAGGCUUGGUGUUACUGCCGACAUUCCCCAAGAUGCUCUGGCUCCUACGAAGACACUAUGGGGAGCUGGAUUUGGCUUUUGCAUUGUCAUGGUGGUGGAUGAGUCCGUAGCGGCUAGCAGCGAGGCACAAGUCAUCAACACUUUCAAUUAUCGACUAGUAUAUAAGCCGCACGAUAGCUUGGUAGAAUUAUGA